AUGGCCGAUACAGAAUGGCCUGCGGCGCGAGUCCGCAAGACUUUCUUCGAUUUCUUCAAUGAGAGAGAUCACACAGUUGUGCCCUCGGGCCCCGUGGUGCCCGUCAACGAUCCCUCCCUUCUCUUCACCAAUGCUGGCAUGAACCAGUUCAAGCCCAUCUUCCUCGGUACCGUCGAAAAGAGCCAUCCGUUUGCCGACCUGAAACGUGCCGUCGAUUCGCAAAAGGUCAUCCGCGCCGGUGGCAAGCACAACGACCUCGACGAUGUCGGCAAGGACAGCUACCACCACACAUUCUUCGAGAUGCUGGGCAAUUGGUCAUUCGGCGACUAUUUCAAGGAGGGUAUCAUCGAAAUGUCCUGGGAUCUUCUGACCCGCGUCUACGGCCUUGAUCCGACCCGACUCUACGUGACAUACUUUGAGGGAAACCCCGAGCUUGGGCUCGAGCCUGACAAUGAGGCCAAGAACUUCUGGCGCAAGAUUGGUGUCCCCGACAGCCGCAUCCUGCCUGGCAACAUGAAGGACAACUUUUGGGAGAUGGGCGAGACGGGUCCUUGCGGUCCCUGCAGCGAGAUCCACUACGACAAGAUUGGUGGACGUGACGCUGCCUCGCUUGUGAACAUGGAUGACCCCAUGGUCAUUGAAAUUUGGAACCUCGUUUUCAUCCAGUACGAUCGUCAGGCCGACAAGAGCCUGAAGCCCCUACCAGCCCAGCACGUCGACACGGGUCUAGGAUAUGAGCGUCUGGUGGCCGUUCUGCAGGACGCGCCCUCCAACUACGCCACUGACUGCUGGACACCACUGUUUGCCAAGAUUCAAGAAGUCACCGGUGCCAGGCCAUAUACCGACAAGUACGAAAAGGACGAUGUCGAUGGCAUUGACAUGGCCUACCGAGUGGUUGCGGAUCACAUCCGAACAUUGUCCUUUGCCAUCGUUGACGGCGCCGUUCCCAACAACGAUGGACGUGGCUACGUCGUGCGCCGUGUCUUGCGCCGUGGUGUCCGCUACGGUCGCAAGUAUCUUGGUGCUGAGAUUGGCCAGUUCUUUUCAAGCAUCCUGCCCGCUCUUGUGGAGCAGAAGGGCGAGGAAUUCCCCGAGCUGAUCAAGAAGCAACAGGACCUCAAGGAAAUCCUCGAUGAGGAAGAGGAUGCUUUCGCUCGCACGCUGGAUCGUGGAGAGGUGCAGUUUGAGAAAUAUGCUGCUGCCGAGGCCAAGGCGGGGUCCAAGAAGCUCGCUGGUGACCUCGUAUGGAGACUGUACGACACGUUCGGCUUCCCUGUCGAUCUCACAAAGCUGAUGGCGGAGGAGCGCGGCUUAGAGAUCGACGAGGCCGAGGUCGAGGCCGCCAAGCAGAAGGCUAAGGAAGCCAGCAAGGUUGUUAAGGAGUCCGUGCAGGAAUUCCCCAAGCUCGAUGUUCACCGCAUUGCCGAGCUCGACUCGCAGUUGAAGGUGGCCCGGACAGAUGACGAGCCCAAGUUCAUCAAGGGGGACGUAAAGGGCAAGGUCCUGCAAAUCUUCGAUGGCAAAAACUUCCUCAAAUCAACAAAGGAUGUUGCUGAGAAGACCCCCCUCGGCCUUGUCAUGGACAAGACCAACUUUUACGCCGAGUCUGGUGGUCAAGUUGCCGAUACUGGACGCCUCGUUAUUGAUGGUGUCACCGAGUUCAAGGUGCUGGACGUUCAGAACUACGGUGGCUACAUCCUCCACUGCGGCUACGUCGAGUACGGUGCCCUUUCACAGGGCGAGGAGGUCAUCUGCGAGUACGAGGAGCUGCGUCGCGCCCCCAUCCGCAACAACCACAGCGGUACACACGUACUGAACCACUCCCUCCGCGAGGUCCUUGGCGACGAUAUCAACCAGAAGGGUUCCCUCGUGGAUCACGAGAAGCUCCGCUUUGACUUCUCCCACAAGGCGCAGGUCAAGAUUGAGGAACUGGAGAAGAUCGAGAAAAUGUCGAAUGAGGACAUUCGCAAGGACCAGCAGAUCUACUCCAAGGAUGUGGAUCUCGACCAGGCCCGCGAGAUUGAGGGUGUCCGUGCUGUCUUUGGCGAGACCUACCCCAACCCCGUCCGUGUUGUCUCGAUUGGCAUGGACAUUGACACCAUGCUUGCCGAGCCCAAGAAGCCAGAGUGGCGCCAGUACAGCGUCGAGUUCUGCGGUGGCACCCACGUCGAGAAGACUGGCCUGAUCAAGGAUCUCGUCAUUGUUGAAGAGUCGGGUAUCGCCAAGGGCAUCCGCCGCAUCAUCGCCUACACCGGCGAGACAGCGCACGCCGUGCAGCGCGAAGCCGUCGAGUUUGAGAAGCGCAUCGAUGCCGUCGAAGCUCUCCCCUACGGACCGGAGAAGGACGCGCAGAUCAAGGUGGUGUCACAAGCCCUCAGCCAGCUGGUCAUCUCGACCUUGACCAAGGACAGGCUCAACAAGCGAUUCCAAAAGAUCACCGCGGAGCACGUCGCGGAGCAGAAGAAGAGGCAAAAGGCCGAAGUCAAGACCGCUCUGGACACUGUGGCCAAGCACUUUGAGAACAACAAGGAUGCCAAGUGGUUUGUGGGCAGGUUGCCCAUCAGCGCCAAUGCCAAGGCUCUGACAGAGGUUGUCAAGCACUACCAGGGCAAGGACAAUGAGAAGUCGGUCUACCUUUUCGGUGGCUCGAAGGAGGAUGGUGCCGUCGUGCACGGUGUUUUCGUUGGCUCGCAUCUCUCAUCACAAGGCGUUACCGCUGAGCAAUGGGCGGGCUCCGUGUCAGAGGUUGUCGGUGGCCGUUCAGGAGGCAAGGAGCCCUCAAGGCAGGGUCAGGGUACCAAGCCCGAGGCGAUUGACGAGGGUGUCGAGACCGCUACGAAAUGGCUGAGUGAGAAGUUGAAGUUGUAA